AUGCCAGCCAUCGAGCAAGAUGUCCAGAAAUCCUCCCUCGUCCCACAAGGAUCUGUGUCCCAGCUGGAGUCUCUGGCCAUGGAUCCAUCCGAUGAGCAAGUUGCGUUGCACAGAUCUCGCAUUUUGCGGAAAUUGGACAUGCGCAUUGUACCUCUGAUGCUUAUUACCUAUGGUUUACAAUUCCUUGACAAAGCGUUGCUCGGAUACGCCGCUGUGUUCACCUUUCGAAAUGAUACUCAUCUACAAGGACAGGAAUACAGCUGGGUAGGCUCAAUCUUCUAUUUCGGGUAUAUGGUGUUUGAGUAUCCGCUCGCUGGCCUCCUUCAAUCUUUCUCCACUUCCAUAUAUCUCGGCUUCUUCAUAUUCGCCUGGGGGAUAUGCGUGGUCAUGACCAACUUUUGCGUCAGCUUUACUGGUCUUAUGAUAAAUCGAUUUGUCUUGGGGGCACUGGAAUCUGUCGUUGCCCCAUGCUUUGUCGUCAUCACAGGUAUGUUUCUCUCGGCAGUGUACAUCCAUCCCGUACUCACACCCCCAGCGCACUGGUAUACUCCGAAGGAGCAACCGAUCAGGCAAGUACUUUGGUUUCUCGGCACUCCAGUCUUCGGGAUAUUUGGAGGUUUGUUAGGUUAUGCCCUUGGGAAUACCCAUACUGAAGUGGCUUCGUGGCGCUUGCUGUACAUUGUGUUUGGCUCCGUGACCGCACUUUGGGGUAUUUUCUUCGCAUACGCCUUUCCAGCAUCCCCCGAAAAGGCAUCAUUCUUGUCUGAGGAGGAUCGGGUGAUGUCAAUUCUAAGUUCCCAUUCCAUCGGACACUCCGUUCAGUUAAAAUGGAAGUGGUCCCAGGUCAAGGAAGCUUUUUCAGACCUCAAGACAUACAUAUUUUUUAUCAUUGGGAUUUUCAAUACCAUUCCAGCUGGAUCACUGUCAAAUUUCAGCAGUAUUCUCCUCCAGGGGUUUGGGUUUACAGCUGUGCAGACUCAACUGAUCGGCAUUCCGUCACACAUAGUUCAGAUCGUAUCAAUUUUAAUCGCAUACUGUGUGGGCAACAUUAUCGCACCGCAGUGCUUUCGUGCUGAGGAAGAGAAAGAAGGAUACCCUACCGCCAUUAUCGCCAUGGUUGUGUCUUUCGGUGUUCUAUUCAUCGCUCCUCUAGCCCUCCGGUCAGAAUUCCUAUAUUCGAAAGAGAACAAACUCCGAGACGCGCAGGCUGUUCAUUUUGUGGCUUCAUCGGGCAGUGGAUACAAUAUGGAUUUGACGGACAUGGAAAAUCCAAAUUUUAGAUACGCUCUAUGA